AUGGAAGCCGAGGAAGGGGACGCUGGUAUGGAAACAGUUAAUCAUGGAGACGGUUUUGAUGAGAGAAUGAGGUCAACAAUUAAUCACGAAGGCAAUGUCAAGGCCUAUGAAGAAGAGAGAGAAGUUAUCGUGGUUCCAAGUAAAAAUCUGCACUUGGAUAAAGGAAGAGAGAGAGAAAAGAGAAGGCAGUUUGAGUUAAACACCGAGUCGUUAAAUAAAGGUGUCCAUGUCAAACAACCCGAGGUUGCUAAAGCUGAGCAUGCAGUUCCAAUAAUCAAAGAAGCCUCCCGGGUGCCUGUGCAAACCCAUAGCUCAGUUGGGUCUACCGGUAUUAGUGAUGAAGCUACCUGCGCGCCGCGUGAGAAGAGUCUCCGCCAGUAUAUCGAUAUUGAGGAUAACAGUUCCUCCAGUGAAGAAUCGUCCUUGUCGUCCGACGAUUACAACAACAUUGACAACAACAUUGACAACAACAUCGACAACAACAUCGACAACAACAUUGACAACAACAAUAACAACAAAGAUAUGUCAAUGCCCACUUUUGAUCAAAACAUUGAAGACGCUUCUGAAAUUGAUUUAGCCGAGCAGAUGCGCAAACUAGAUGUCCAAACCACACCAAUCAUGGGACAUUCUACACCCCGCAAUGAGCUUUCGUUUGAUCAUUCAGUAGGGAUCGGCCGCCCUAUGCGUCAAAUCAACACUAUCGAACCAAUGGAAAUUUUACAACGUAUUCCAACAAAUUUUCAUAAACAACCUGUUCUUUCAGAUCUCAACUCUGUUAGUCCACAACAAAACCCUGAAGAUUACAAUCUUGAUUCCGUCAGCAUGAGUGUUGACGAUGAGCUGUCCACAUCAGCUAAACCCCCUGAAGCUAAUAUUCUUGAUGCUUCUAUUACUCGUGACCCUAAUGAGAUGGAUAUAAGUAUGAAGUCCACCACUCUGGACUCUGAUGAGAUGGAAAUAAGUAUCAACGCUAUUCACAUUAACACCACCGAUGAUUACAUUGCAACAACACCUCCACACAACAACUUUACUGGUAAAUCAUUUAUUGCUGCUACUCAAGAAGACAUCAACACUAAAGAUCCUUUAGUUUUGGGAUGGGGGAGGACUAGCUUUGAAGUUUGA